AUGCCCACCAAUGGCCUGCACCAGGUGCUGAAAAUCCAGUUUGGCCUCGUCAAUGACACUGACCGCUACCUGACGGCCGAGAGCUUUGGCUUCAAGGUCAAUGCCUCAGCACCCAGCCUCAAGCGGAAGCAGAUGUGGGUGCUGGAGCCAGACCCAGGGGAGGGCACUGCUGUGCUGUUUCGCAGCAGCCACCUGGGCCGUUACCUGUCAGCCGAGGAGGACGGGCGUGUGGCCUGCGAGGCGGAGCGGCCGGGUCGCGACUGCCGCUUCCUGGUCCUGCCGCAGCCCGACGGACGCUGGGUGCUGCAGUCAGAGCCGCACGGCCGCUUCUUCGGUGGCACCGAGGACCAGCUGUCCUGCUUCGCCACGGCCAUCACCCCGGCUGAGCUGUGGACGGUGCACCUGGCCAUCCACCCGCAGGCCCACCUGCUGAGCGUGAGCCGGCGGCGCUACGCACACCUGUGCCCGCAGGAGGACGAGAUCGCGGCCGACAGCAACACGCCGUGGGGUGUGGACGCGCUCAUCACGCUCAUCUUCCAGAACCGGCAGUACUGCCUCAAGUCCUGUGACAGCCGCUACCUGCGCAGUGACGGCCGCCUCGUCUGGGAGCCCGAGGCUCACGCCUGCUACACGCUUGAGUUCAAGGCGGGCAAGUUGGCCUUCAAGGACUGCGAUGGCCGCUACCUGGCACCCGUGGGCCCCGCGGGCACUCUCAGGGCGGGCCGCAACACACGGCCUGGCAAGGAUGAGCUCUUCGACCUGGAGGAGAGUCACCCGCAGGUGGUCCUGGUGGCUGCCAACCACCGCUAUGUGUCAGUGCGGCAAGGGGUCAAUGUCUCAGCCAACCAAGAUGAAGAACUGGAUCACGAGACCUUCCUGAUGCAAAUUGACCAGGAGACAAAGAAGUGCACCUUCUAUUCCAGCACUGGGGGCUACUGGACCCUGGUCACCCAUGGGGGCAUCCAGGCCACAGCUACACAAGUUUCUGAGAACACCAUGUUUGAGAUGGAGUGGCGGGGCCGACGGGUGGCCCUCAAGGCCAGUAACGGGCGCUAUGUGUGCAUGAAGAAGAAUGGGCAGCUGGCAGCCAUCAGCGAUUUUGUGGGGGAGGACGAGGAGUUCACGCUCAAGCUCAUCAACCGGCCCAUCCUGGUCCUGCGCGGCCUGGACGGCUUCGUCUGCCACCGACGUGGCUCCAACCAGCUGGACACCAACCGCUCGGUCUACGACGUGUUCCACCUGAGCUUCAGCGACGGCGCCUACCAGAUCCGAGGCCGCGGCGGCGGGUUCUGGCACACCGGCAGCCACGGCAGCGUGUGCAGCGAUGGCGAGCGCGCCGAAGACUUCCUAUUUGAGUUCCGGGAGCGCGGCCGCCUGGCCAUCCGGGCUGGGAGCGGCAAGUACUUGCGCGGCGGCGCCUCGGGGCUUCUGCGGGCGGACGCAGACGCGCCGGCAGGGGUCGCACUCUGGGAAUACUGA